GUUUUCGGAUUGCGUGGAAACAGACCCAGCCUCCUAGUAUCGUUGUCCAGCUGAACCAGGCUCCAAAGUGGCUAUGCUGGUGUGAUGAGUGCAAGUGUAAAAUCAACCUGAUUUUCCCGUUGUCUUCAAUUUUUCAUUCUAUCUGCUAAAACUUGACCAUGGAAGUUGCCGGAACUGUCGUCGGCGUUGUCGGACUGCUUGUUGCCUUCAAGGGUGCUAUCGACGGGUACCUUCUAAUCGAGCAACUCUUUCGUAGCGAUGUCGGAAUACAGGAUCGUGCGCUUCACUUUGAGCGCAUCAGAAAACAGCUAGAGAAGUGGGGCGCCGAUUACAAUGUUAGCAGCAGUUGCCCUGAUGAGGAUUGUUUGUUUAACUACGAGUCACCUGAAAAUCAGGCGAUAAUCUUGAAGAUACUGGAGCGCACCAAACAGCAUUUGGGGGAUGCCGAAAAGCUACUGCGAAAACACACCAGGAACGAAAAGACGAAGAAGACUUGGAGGUCUCGUAUCCUUAGCAGUAAGGACGACUCUAAGAAUCGGACAGCUUGGGUGGUCAAAGACAAGGAGCUGCUAGAUGGUAUCAUCAAUCAGCUCAGCGAACAUCUCCAACAUCUGUUGCAAUGCACCAAGGAGAUCUCUGGUCUUCAGAAAGAUAGUUGGAAAGGAAGAAUCGACAGCUUGACGUCUAUUGACGAGACGAAAAUUCAUACAGAGGCUCGAAACUCUAAACAAGAAGGAACUUGCAAGUGGAUAUUCCAACGGCAAGAGUACAAAGACUGGGUAUCGGGAACUGCGACAAACCUCUUGUGGAUAAAUGCCACUCCGGGCAAUGGCAAAACGGUCCUCGCCUCCGCCGUUAUCGACGAGCUCAGAAGACUCGCAACCCGACCAAAAGCAAACACAGGUCUUGCUUAUUUCUACUGCGACUACAAGAAUAGCACAAGGCAGAGUCUGUCAGAACUUUUUGGAUGCUUAGCUGCCCAAUUGUCGUGGCAAAACUUAGCCUUCCGCCACGCGGUGUGGCAGUACCUCGCAUCGUUCCAGUAUUCGCACCUCGAAGCUCGGUCCGUGGACUACAAGGAGCUUGCAAAGAUCAUGGUUAAGACAUGUGAGAAGUUCAACUGCAUUUACUUGGUAAUAGAUGCUGCUGAUGAGUUCCUUCCGCCGAGUAAACCAAAAGAGAACAGCCAUAGCGACUGGAGCCGGCGCAAAGCACUGUUAGAGACCCUUCUCAUGUUGCAGAAGGAUGGGCAAGGCAAAAUAAAGGUCCUUGUCACAAGCCGUCCCACCAUGGAAAUCCAGUCAACUCUGAGAGAAGUGCAGAGGGUUUCAAUAUCUAGCGAGUCAAAUUCUGAAGAUAUUGAGCUCUACGUCCGUGCAGAGCUCGAAAAAGAGAUGGAUAAUGACACAGAGUGGGGAGAGAAAUUAAAGGCGGGCGAGCAAGAAUGUCCUACUGUCAAAUCCCGUAUCGUGUCCAAGCUUGUUGAAAAAGCAAAUGGAAUGUUCCUCUUCGCUGCACUACAACUCCAGAUAUUCCUUGGUUCCGAUAGCAGUGAGGACGUGUUGACCAUCCUCGAGGAACUACCACCCAACAUUGCGCAGACGUGGGAACGGCUGUUAUUGGACAUUGACGCUGCUCAGAACCUGCCAAGAGACCGCGAGACCGUUAAGAAGAUCUUACAGUGGCUUGUAGCUGCUGCUCGACCUUUGACACUGAAUGAAAUCAGAGCUGCAGUAGCCAUACAAAAAUAUGAAACGAACACAGAACUGGGAAGCAAGCUCCACGACGCCCAAUGGCUCUUCAAGCUCUGUGGACCGCUUGUCCGUUUGAGUUCCGACCAGACACCUGACAAACAGGAGCUCUCUUUGGCACAUUUCUCACUUAAGGAAUUCUUGCUCUCCGGGGAACUUCAAAACAGUGCAGAACCUAGCAUUCGAAAGUAUAACAUUGCGCUUUCCGAUGCCAAUGCCUAUCUCGCACAGGUAUCCCUCACCUACUUGUCUUCACGAGAAUUAGCGCACCGAUGCCCCAGCCGACAAGAGCUUGAUCAAUUACGACAAGACCAUAUGCUUAUGGACUAUGCGACCAUACAUGGCGCGGCCUCCUCGUUCGUGAGGUGACUUGGCAAGAUCUAAGGAGCCAACAUAACAGACCAAACAACCCUUUCAAGUAUAUAUGUACCGCCUUUCUCCCACCAGAAGAGAAUGACUUCACACAUUGGCCAUGGAAUCUUAGCAUCUCCGCCCAAGAGGAGCUUCCAGAUGCUAUCAAGGAAGACGUUGGAACCCGCCUAUGCAAACAGUUGAUCAGGUCGAUUGAAGACCGUCCCAAUUGCCAAUCAUUCUUGCAGCUUUUUCGCAUUCUGAGCGAUCGCUCAAGAAAAGACCACCCGAUCAACAUAACGCCUCUGUACUACAGCUCGCUGUU